AUGCAAAUCAAUAUAGCGGAAGAAGAGUUAGAUCAAACAGGGGAAGUAACCAAAAGAGAACAAGUAAAAAUCCAUAUAGGGGCGGCAGCUGAAGAAAUGGAACAAAACAGAGAUAAGGAAAAGGCAAAUGAUAAAGCUGAGUCAAAAUUUGAUAAGGAGAAAGAAGGAAGUAACGAACAAAAUAAUAAUGGCUCUACGCGCGAGCAGCUAGAGAAUUCAAAAAAAAGAAAGUAUGAUAAUAUAUCAAAAGAAAUGCAAGAAUAUUACGUUGGUACACCCCACAGCUGGGAGUAUGUAGAAGGUAGUAAGGGUUGGUUUAUCAUAGAAACAACUAAGAAUUAUAAGUUUUAUUUUAACAAAAAAACAAAUGAAAAAACGUGGGAGUGCCCCGAGGAUGUAGAAGAACUCUUCGUAAGGCAAAAAAUGAAAAAAGAGGACAUUAACAAUGUAGAUAAACAAUAUGAAGAUGCUGAAAAAAAUGACUACAAUAAAUGCGUUGGAAGAGAUAACAGUUUUUAUGGUAAUGAUGGUAGUUAUGGCUAUGAUACGAAGUAUAAUGACAGUGCAGAUCCAAGUGUAAAUCAGAACAGAAAUAGGAAAGACGAAGACUUGGAAUUUAUUUUGAGAGAGUAUAAAAAUCUUCUGAUAGAAAAAAAUAUUAAUGAGUUUUGCAAAUAUGAAAAUGUGUUAGCAUAUAUGCUGUAUGAUAGACGAUAUUUAAAUGUGCCAAAGGAACGGAGGAAAGAAUUUUUUCAUAUAUUAAUAAAAGAAAUUAAAGAAGAAAAAAAAUGUGAAAUUAAAACAUUAGUUGAAAACUUUAUUAAUAUGUUAAAUGAAAUGGAAAAUAAAUUUACGUACCCUUUUAGUGAAUAUGAUGCUGUUCAUAUUUUAAAAGGGAAAAAAGAAUAUAAAGGAAAUUACACAAAAGAAUGGGCUAAUAGUAGAAAUAAAUUAUUAGGAAAUUUUUUAGAAAAAAAAAAAAAAGAAAAACAAAAACAAAUGGAGGAAGAGUUUGAGCAGAUUUUAUAUGACCAUAUGCAGGAUGAAAACCCGGGAGUAUGGAUAAAAAUAAAAAAUAAUUUAAUGAAAAACGAAAAAUAUGUAAUUUUGUCGUAUGAUAAAAAAAACAAAAUAUUUGAGGAUGUUAGUCAGACACUUUUAGCAAAAAGGAAACAGCAAAAUAGAAGAAGCGGGGGUGAUAGACGAAGCGGCAGGGCAGAUACAGAUGAUGGUAUCCAUUUUAGAAAAGGUUCACAAACAUUAGAGGAACACAAAAAAAAUACGAAUAAUGAAAAAAAUAUAUUUUUAAGUCUAUUACAUGAAAAAUUAAAACACCCCAAUAUAGAUGAGGGACUAUUGAAUGAUCAUAAAAUAAAUAUAAAGAAAAAUAGUAAUUUUGAAAACGACUGUUUUAUCCCUCGUGAACUCACAAAUGAUGAAAGAUACAAAAAAUUAAAAUUAAAUGCUAGUGAGAAAUAUUAUAUAUAUAAAGAAUUUAUAAAAAAUUAUAUAAAUUUAAAACGAGAAAUGUUUGACAAGUUACUAGGCGAACUCUCAAUUAAUUGUAUUAACAACUCGCUAGAGGAUAUUAUUAAAAUGACGGAUAAAAAUAACAAAAGUUUUAAGUCGCUAAAACGACAUCACCUGGAAGAAGUACAUGCGAAAUGGAGGAAUUAUAAGAUAAGGGAAGCUAAGAAAAUAUUUAAGGAUUUUUUAAAGAAAUCAAAUUUUGUUAAACACGACUCUGAUGAGCGCGAGAAAUACGCGGACUUGGUUAAUGAACUGUCAACGGAUGUAAGCUAUCAGCGGCUGGAUUGUGUACCUGAAGAAAGAGAAGAAAUAAUAAAGGAAAGAAUAAAGGAACUGAAAGUCGAACAUGAACAAAAUAAAAAUUUAGCAGAAAGAUUGAACUUUUGA